AUGGUAUGGUUUCAAAAUCGACGAGCUAAGUUUCGAAAACAGGAACGUCUGGCGCAGCAGAAGGCGGGCGAAGCACCGGUUAAGGCCGAGGGCAAGAGGGACAAGCCAGGCUCUCCCGCCACGUCGCCACAUCCCGCGCCGCCUACGCAGCCCACACACCACACACUGCCACAUCUAUCGCCGCCCGAUCUUAAACCUAUUACUUCUGCAGCUAACAAAUUAUGCGAUGAGCUUAAUGGCGUCGGUAGCGGGGUCUCCGAGCCACCAGUGAGCGGUGUGGGGAGCGGCAAGUGGACGGGCGGCUGCGGCCUGCUGCGCCAGCCCUCGGGCUUCCCUCUGCUGGGGGUGGCCCCACCCAACUACCUACUCUCCGACCAUCUCGGCACCCUCGCCAAAACGAACAACCAUCUUUUC